AUGACUGUACCACACGUUUUGAUGACCCAUCACGGCUACCUGAGACGAGAACUGAGACCGUCGGUUCACACAAGAAAAACGGCGUGGUCGAUAAGCACAACGCAUGCGCAAUACGGGUAUCUUUUGGGGGCGGGGCCGGGAACAAAAGCUUGCUGGGUUUGGCUGGUUCAUCCACCUUUCACCAUGUCUGCACGCGAAGGGAACAAUAAGGGCCGAGGCAGUAACAGGCCGGCAACCAGCCUCAUGGAGACCAUAUGCAACAAGAAUUUGAGAGAAGCCUACAAUUCGUGGGUCCGGUGGCUUGAGGACGAGAGCGUGCCCAGCUCUGCUAAGUGCGCGGAGCUGCAGGCGCAGGAUGACCAAGGCUGGUGUCCUCUCCACUAUGCUGCCAGAUACUAUUGCUCAGACCUUUUGGCUGCAGCCUUGGAUGUUGAGGAAGUUGACUUCGAUGUGAGGACCAGGGACACAGCCCUCACUCCUCUCCUGGUGGCCGCCUCCUACAACCGUAAGAAUGCAGUCCUGUGGCUGCUCCAGGACGGACGGGACAGGAUCAAUCCCGAUGCCACCAACAGUGAGGGAAAGAACGCAGUCCACUUGGCCUGUUUGGACCUCCAGUGCCAGUACACCAUCGAGCCAUUGGUUCGACAGCUGGAGCACCUGUGCCUGGAGAAGGACAAGGACGGAAAUACUCCUCUUCACCUGGCAGCCAGUCUGGGGAACCUGCAGGCGAUGGAGAGUGGGCUUUUGAACUCUGAGAUCUGGGACGAAGGAGCCGCCUCUGAUGUUGAGGAGGAGGAAGGAGGGAGUGAGGGUGGGAGUAAGGAGGAGCAAGAGGAGGAGGAGGGUGGGAGUGAUGGAGGGAGUGAGGAGGAAAAGGAGGAGGAGGAGGAGGGUGGAGAGGAGGAGGGUGGGAGUGGGGGAGAGGGGGGAGGGAGUGGUGGUGGUGGUGAGGAGAAGGAAGCGGAUGAAGAGACAGGAGAUGGAGGGAGUGGUAAACGAGAGCCACCAACAAAGGGUGUGGAGAAGGCAGGUGAAGAGGAGGAGGAUACAGAAGAAGCUAGUACAGAUGAAUGGGUCGUGAUUGCUCAGCUGAAGAAGAUGCUGAAGGAGAGGAACUACCAGGGAAGGACUCCCCUGCACAUGGCCGUGGAGAAUGGAAGACUAGAGGCUGCUAGUCGGUUGAUCAGCCUGUGGCCCAAGGUUAUCCUGGAGGUUGAUAAUGAAGGGGACUUACCCAUCCACCAGGCAUGUCGGCAGGGCAACAGAGAUCUGGUGGCAGUUCUACUGCAGCAGGAGAUAUCUCAGAAGGACAUCAAGCUCAUCCAGCUAGCCCGCCUCUCCCUCGACCUCAAAUACUGCAAUAAGCAUGGGGAGACCCCUAUUCAUUGUGCUGCCUACAAUGAUCUGGACAGUGGAGCUCUGUUGGAGCUACUGAUGCAGACAUGUACUGACGACAUAAGGCAACAGACACUGCAACUGAGGAAUGCUGACCAGUACACUCCACUGAUGUUGGCCACCACCCACGGGAAGCCAGAGGUGGUAAAAGUUCUCCUGAGACAUGGCUCACAGGCCACCCAGAGGAUGGACGUCCUGGGAGAGAACCUCAACUGUCUCGAGGCCGCCAUCGAGAAAGGAAAGAGUGAGGUGGCAAGGGUGAUAGUGGAGCAUGAGGGAUGGGAUGACUGUCUGAGGGCCUGCACCACCCUCAAUGGAGUGGAGAACACUCCCUUCAGGAGGAUGAUUAGAAAAAUGCCUGAUCUGGCGGGGACAGUACUGACCAAGUGUGUGACACCAGAGGGCAACGUCCGCAGCGACAGCUUCCAGCUCCAGCUCAACUUUGAGUUUGUGCAGGACAUGGAGGAGUCUCGCCGCCUGUCCAAGGCACGCUCUCUCUCUGCCGCCAUGAAGACUGCCAGCUCCAGUCUCCUCGACCCUAAAGAAAGCACACGAUGGCCUCCUAAUGUUUACAGAAAGGACAACCAUGUUUUGGCAAUUAUGGCAGAGCACAAGUGUGAGGGUCUGUUGCAGCAUCCUCUGGUGGUGACGAUGCUCAAUGAGAAAUGGUUCCAGUUUGGAGCUCAGCUCUAUGUCUGGAACCUCCUGCUCUAUGUGCUCCAGCUUGAACAAUUAUUUGUCUUUGCAGGCAGUAAACAUUUGCUGUGGAGUCAAGGAACCCAGCCAGGAUACACUAUUCCCACAGUCUCAGCUGUUGCGGCCAUUCUGCUGGGCUGUGUUGACCUCCUGAGGAGGUUCAACCAAUUCCUCCAGCCCUACCGCCACGAGGGGCAGCUACAGUGGUACCUAAACUGGGGCUUCUGGCGAGACUGGAGGACCUACCUCAACAUCCAGAUACCCAUGCUCCUCUCCACUCUCCUCUUCACCAGUGCCGUCCUGGAGGAGUGUCUGUGUGCAGCCAAGUGGCAGUGGAGGGUGGGGACCAUGACGGUAUUUGUGGCCUGGAUACGGCUGUUCUUUGAGCUCCACCAGGUCCCCAUGGUAGGUCUCUACGUGGAGAUGCUCCAGAAGAUACUCUACCAGUUUAUCAACGUGUCCCUGGUGGCCGUCGUCCUCGUGUUCUCAUUCGGGAUUCCCUUCUACAUGGCUUUCCAUGACCCCACAGUUGAGGACAGUCCUUUUGGGAGCCUGUGGUACUCUAUUAUGACCAUCAUAGUGUACACGGUGGGUGGACCAGAGAACAUCAUGUUGGAUCUCGACAAUGACUGGAGCGAGGACCAUUUCCUGUUCCCGGUGGCCUCCUACCUUCUCUGGAUCAUCUUCAUUGUGGCCAUGAGUGUCCUCUUCCUCAAUCUCCUGACUGGUCUGGCUGUCGGAGAUGUGCAGGAGAUCAGAGACAAUGCUACUGUGGAACAACUGGCCAAAAGAGUAAAGCUACUCCUGGACUGGGAGCAGACGUACAUCAACUACCGUAGUCUGGAGCUGCCGGGCAUGGUGUCUCCCAGUGGGGCCCGGGGUCAAACUGGAGGCAGCCAGCUGUGGAGGUGGCUAGUGGACACUGUCUUCACCCUGGAGGAGGACCUCUACAACCUCUCCACUGUCAAGAAACUCCUCUUCCCGGAGGAGGUCUGCCACUCUUAAUAUCUUGCCAGGUUUAUGAAGAGUUGACCCCCUAGCAGCUGAAUUGCCCUGGUAGCUCAGCUGGUGAGCACAGUCAUAUAUAUACUGUGGGUUCGAAUUCUGCCCAAGGCAGCUCUUGGAAGAAAGCUGUCCUGCCUCGUUAUUGACCCGUAUUUAUGUCCUGUAUGAGUUUUUGCUGGUAAUCUGUCCAUGAUAGAGAUUUGGUUAGGUGAAAUUAUUAAGGCUCCACAACUGCCUUCUCCUAUAAUACCACUAAUCUCACGAACGCUGCAGGACACAGAUGAUAAGAUCAACUGGCUGCGUGGCACGGUGCUCCAGCUGCAGCAGCGCAGUGGGGAGCAGGAGAGGAGUGUGAGGGAGGGACUGCAGGAGGUUGUGGGGAAACUGGGCCGACUUCUGGAGACCUCAGAGCAGCUGUCUCUAAGACAGGAAGCUAUUGAUGAUGCUCUCAAAGAUUUACAGAGGAAAUCAUAACUUUUUGUGCAAACAGCAGCUUAUAAGUAGGUGCUAGACUUUUUUGUACAUGUUAAUCCUCAUAACCAAGUUUGUAAAACGGGCAGCCAAAGUUCAU